CCGCUGCAAAGAAGCGGAAGUUGCCUCGAAAUUGCGCCAAAGCUAAAAAAAUAAACAGAACCAUCAUCAACUUAAUACAGAAGCUGUCGUGUUGUUAACCAAAUAUAUGGUUUAUAUAUCUGCUAUAACGUUAGCUAGUUAAGAAUAUCAUUGCACAUUUAGCGUAUGAAAGAAGCGUAACCAAAGAGUAUCUAUUAUUCUGUAAAGUUUGUCUUUAGAAGUGACGUUUGCUUCCCAGCCAAGCAACUCGGGUGUAAGAUGAGUGGAGAGGGUUCUGCUCACGGCUCCCGCAGAGGAGGGCAGAGGGGAGGAGGAGGGGGGGUGGAGGGGAAGACCAUGGAGAGGAAACUCACGCCCCCCCCAGUGCUCAAAGAGGCUCCUCUCAGUCCCGUGUGUCUCAGACCACUCUGGACAGACUCUCUCCCUAUAAAGGCUGGGCCCUCUACUUCACUGAAGGUUUCAUAGAGAGUUCUCCGUAUGUGGAGAAGAUCAAAGUGUUUGAACAGUACUUCACCUCACAGAUACACCUCUAUGACAAAGAUGAGAUUGAGCGUCAGGGCAGUGUGUUGGUGGACUAUAAGGCUCUUGUUGAGGAUAAGAAGGUGUGUAUGGCUCUGCCGGACCUGUCCAAUCAGCUGAGAGAACAACCAGAGACCACCCUCAACUGUCUGGGCCUCGCCAUACACCAGGUUUUGACGAUGGACUUGGAGAGACACGCUGCAGAGUUACAGGGGGAAGGGCUUCCUGGGGGAGCCACACCCAUCAUUAACAUACCCCACAUCAGCGCCAGGUUGUAUAACUAUGAGCCAUUGACAGCCCUGAGGACGCUGCGCGCGAGUGUGUUUGGUCGUUUGGUGUGUGUGAGGGGGACCGUGGUACGUGUCAGCAACAUCAGGCCACUCUGCACACGCUUGGCUUUCACCUGCUCCGGCUGCUCACACACACACACACUCACCCUGCCACAUGGCAAGUUCACCAUGCCCACCAAGUGUGUGCAGCCACAGUGUCGCAGUCAUUCCUUCGUCCCCAACAGGAGCUCCCCUCUCACCCUCACUGUGGACUGGCAGAAUAUCAAGGUCCAGGAGCUGAUUGGAGGAGAGCAGAGGGAGGCAGGGCGGAUCCCUCGGACGGUGGAAUGUCAUCUGACCUCUGACCUCUGUGACAGUGCGGUCCCUGGAGACACUGUUACUAUUACUGGAACAGUCCGAGUCAGCCAAGACGACGGCGGCAGCAGGGGGAAGAAGGAUAAGUGUAUGUUCCUGCUCUACAUUGAGGCCAACUCCGUCAGCAACUCUAAAGGUCAGAAAGUGAAGGAGGCUGGAGGUCAGGGGUCAUCUGGAGGGGAAAGGUCAUCGGGGAUCGAGUUCUCUUUGAAGGAGCUGUACGCCAUCCAGGAAAUACACAGCCAACCUGAUCUACUGAAGCUCAUCGUACACUCCUUGUGUCCAGCCAUCUACGGCCACCUGCUAGUAAAAGCAGGCCUGUCCUUAGCGUUGUUUGGAGGCAGUCAGAAGCAUGCUGAUGAUAAGAACAGGAUCCCCAUCAGAGGAGACCCUCAUAUACUGGUGGUGGGAGACCCUGGCCUGGGGAAGAGUCAGAUGCUACAGGCGGUGUGUAAUGUGGCUCCCAGGGGGAUCUAUGUGUGUGGUAACACUACCAGUACGUCAGGGCUGACCGUCACCCUGUCCAGAGACGCCGGCUCUGGAGACUACGCACUGGAGGCUGGAGCUCUGGUACUAGGAGACCAAGGGCUGUGCUGUAUAGAUGAGUUUGAUAAGCUGGGCCACCAGCAACAAGCGUUACUAGAGGCCAUGGAGCAGCAGACCAUCAGUCUGGCUAAGGCUGGUCUGGUGUGUUCCCUACCUGCUAGGACCUCUGUUAUCGCUGCUGCUAACCCUGCUGGAGGACACUACAACAGGGCCAAGACGGUCUCCGAAAACCUCAAGAUGGGCAGUGCCCUCCUUUCGAGGUUUGACGUGGUCUUCCUCCUAUUGGAUGUUCCUGAUGAGUCACAUGACCGCCGGCUGUCGGAACAUGUCAUGGCCGUCAGGUCAGGGAAGGGAGGGGCUUCAGGUGCCGUGGUUACACGAGGAGACGACCAUCAAUCACAGAGCUCGCUGCUGGAGCCCUCUGACACACCUCUUUCUGACCGGCUGCAGGUGUGUCCAGGGGAGUGUGUAGACCCCAUCCCCCACUCCCUGCUGAGAAAAUAUGUUGGUUAUGCGCGUCGCUACGUUCAUCCCUCGCUCUCUACCGCCGCUGCCCAGACGCUCCAGGACUUCUACCUCUCCCUACGCUCACACACACACCCCGUCGACGGCACACCCAUCACCACACGCCAGCUGGAGUCCCUCAUCCGCCUCACAGAGGCGCGGGCGAAGCUGGAGCUCAGAGAGACAGCCACCAAGAGUGACGCUGAAGACGUAGUGGAGAUCAUGAAACACAGUCUGGCAGAUACCUUCUCUGAUGGUAGUGGAGGUCUGGACUUUGAGCGGUCAGUACUGGGUGUUGGGAUGAGUCAGCGUUCGGCUGCCAAGAGAUUUAUCACUGCGCUCAACACACACGCUCAGCGCACACACACCAUGUUGUACGACCUCACACAGCUACGCAGCCUGGCCAAGGACCUCAACAUACAGGUUGCAGACUUUGAGGGUUUCAUCAGUUCUCUGAAUGAACAGGGCUACCUGCUGAAGAAAGGACACAGACAGUACCAGCUACAGACUAUAUAAUACACAAACAUAAUUUAAAGACCUGCUGUUACUUAUUGCAAUACACAUGUUUUGUAAAUAA